UUCAAGAUUUUCUCUUAUCUUUCCUCCUCACCAAAAAUAAUCUGCACCACAAUUUAGUCAUCCAUUUAACACGCAGCAUUUUCAUAUCUUGCAUGGAUACAUGCACCCAUUAAACACUUUGUCGUAGUAAAUACAUAUGCGAGAUUAAUGGCCGCAGAUCAUUAAUUUUCUACAUGCAUGCACUCAUUCAAGUAAAUGAAGUAAUUGCGUUGUGACUAAAUUGAUCUGCAAUGGAGAGUAAAGCUGUUGUGUCAUUCGGAUCUCAAGGUUGUCUUAAAUCAAAAGCCUCGUCUUAUAAAUAAAUGUCAGUGUCAUGCAAACACGUCUGGAGACCACUCAUCACUCACGCUCAGCUUGGUCAAUUAGGGGACAAGACGUGAGAACAGGACGGGUACACAUAGUAAAUUUGUUUUUGUUAGUUGCUUCCACGUAGUGGCGUGUAUCCAUUUAACAAAUUCUUCCCCGUAAUAUACACACAAAAAUUUACCUUGUGCAUACACCUCUCUUUCCCCGUUGCACUGGUGUGACCGUGACUAUUUUACCUAAUUGCUAACAUAUUUGUGGGGGUGAUUGAGUUGAUAAGUAAUAAUGGAGUGGCUUGGACUUGCUGGAACUAAUAAGGCGUUGCCAAAAAUGCCGUCAAAUCGAAGAGCCGGGUCCCCCUCGGAAGCUGCAGAAUUUACAGCGUUGACCAAACGCGACUCCCAGAUGCGGGUGGAAGCCGAGUUGAAAGAGUUGGUCGCUACGUGUCCCGAGGAAGACAAAGCGGGGGUGGAGAAAGAGUUUGAAGGGUUCAAAGGAAUCUUUAAUAAAUUUCUUCAAAGUUCAAAAACAUCUGUAGACUGGCCGAAAAUUGAAAAACUUCCGGAAGGAGCGGUUCGCGAUUAUAAAACGCUGCCCUCCCCAAGUUCGAACGAAAUUAAGGAAAUGCUAUCAAAACUCGUGGUGAUUAAACUAAAUGGUGGUCUCGGGACAUCGAUGGGGUGUCGAGGUCCCAAAUCUGUCAUCCCCGUACGAAACGACCUCUCAUUUUUGGACUUGACCGUACAACAAAUUGAACAUUUGAAUCGAACUUACGACGCUGAUGUGCCACUUGUGCUAAUGAAUUCGUUUAAUACUGAUGAGGACACGGAAAAGGUUAUUCGUAAAUAUGCUGGCUUCAAGGUGAAAAUCUUCACGUUUAAUCAGAGCAGAUAUCCCAGAAUUGAUCGCGACUCUCUAACUCCGGUGGCCAAAAGCUGUAGCGCUAAUACAGAUUUGGAAGCAUGGUAUCCACCUGGGCAUGGGGACUUUUACCUCUCAUUCUGCAACUCUGGGCUUAUGGAACAAUUCAUCGUGGAAGGACGAGAGUACUGCUUCAUUUCCAACGUGGACAAUCUAGGAGCUACCGUUGACCUUAGCAUUCUCAACAUGCUGCUCCAUCCAACUUCGGGAAGUAAGGCAGAAUUCGUCAUGGAAGUCACCGACAAGACGAAAGCUGACGUAAAGGGUGGUACUCUCAUGCAGUACGAAAACCAUUUACGCCUCUUGGAAAUUGCGCAAGUUCCCAAAGACCACAUUGAAGAUUUUAAAAGUGUCAAGACCUUCAAGUUUUUCAAUACGAACAAUUUGUGGAUCAAUCUACCCGCCGUCAAGAAAGUCGUUGAUAAUGGAACUCUGGACAUGGAAGUAAUCGUAAACCACAAAACGUUGGAUAAUGGGCAGAACGUUAUUCAACUAGAAACUGCUGUAGGCGCCGCCAUGAAAUGUUUUGAUGGAUGCUUAGGGAUUAAUGUGCCACGAAGUCGUUUCUUGCCUGUAAAGAAAACCUCGGAUCUUAUGCUAGUUAUGAGUAAUUUGUACCAUCUCAGAAACGGAACUCUAGAAAUGUCACCUUUUAGAAUGUUUCCAUCCACACCGCUCGUCAAACUCGGGGACAAUCACUUUGCAAAGGUGAAAGAAUUUCUCAAACGGUUUCAAACUAUCCCAGAUCUUUUGGAGCUAGAUCAUUUGACUGUCUCUGGAGAUGUUACGUUUGGUCGAAACGUUGUCUUGAAGGGAACCGUCAUCAUUAUUGCGAAUGAAGGGAAUACCAUCAAUAUUCCCGACUUUGCACAGCUAGAAAAUAAAAUUGUAUCUGGAAACCUUCGCAUUUUGGAUCAUUAGGGUUCACUAAAUACUUAUCAGACGGCCGAGAUCGAGACAAUACGAUACCUCCCUACGAUAUGUAGUUUUAAACCCCAUCAAUAUAUAUUUUUGUGACGUAUUUAGUCAAAAAAAGUUUGCAUUUGAGAAAAUAUCAGGAAUCAUACAAACCAAAUAAAUAAUAGAAUUGUCCCGUGAACAAAUAAUUGUAAUAAAGAAAUUGAAUUUUAA